AUGAACUUUAGUCGACCGGUGGAGCCCAGCGGUGGGCUCAUCCGCCGCUUCAGCGAUGACAUAUCGGAUUCAUCUCCAGGAGAACCCCUCGGUCGGGCCCUGGCAGCCAAGGUCGCAGUCAACCGCAAUCAAGAACGAUCAUUUUCACUAAGGGUUGAAUGGGAUCAACUCCUGUUGGAAGGUCGGGAACUGGCCGAGGAGUCUGUCCCAGAUGAAGAGGCCGUUCUCCUCCAACAGAGCCAGCGACUCUAUGCCGCGUGGAACAAAUUUCGGAGCGAUCUGCCUAGGGACCAGCAUUUAGAGCUUGGAGACUGGGAUAGACCCGAUAUCAAUUUCCUGGUGGCCACAGUCAGCAAGGCAUCAGCAACGUGGCAGUCGGGACGUGAUGAAAGCAAGCUGGGCAGGCUGAAAUCCAAAUUCCAAGGUCUCUGCAACACCUGCUUGUCGCACAGUACCUUGCUCUCCGUCAUUCCCAAAGAUGACAAGUAUGUCACCUUGUUAACAGGCUCCCUGUCAGCCAUCGCCCAGGCGACAAUCAACCACCAAAAGAUCGCCGAAGGGGUGGCUGAUACCCUCGAAGAUCUCAGUCAUGAUAUUGAUAUCUGGAACCGGCAGAUGAUUGAGCAUGUUGACAUCCCGUCUCUUCGUCGAUAUAUCCAAGAACUAUAUGUUGUCAUCUUCGAAUUCUUCACCGAGAUCUUUACCAAAUGGUCCAAGUCAAGCUGGAAACGCUUCCUCACCAGCUUUGAUGAGAGCGCCUUCAACGAGUUGUUUACGUCCAAGAAAAACCGAAUUUUGGCCAUCCAAUCUCGUAUGAACAGUCAUAUCAGCCUUGACUUCCACCACCGCACCACCCGAAGUCUGGAGAUGAUGAUCCAACAACAAAAUAUGUUAUACCAAAAUCAGGAAAGGCUCAGCCAGAUCCUACCAGACCAACUCAACCAGCUCUGUAAACAAAGAUUGUUGGUCGGUGAAUCGCUUGAAAGGCUUUUGGACCAACAACAAUACUUCCGUCUAGAACAACCUCGACCGUCUUCGAUCACAAGCGUACAAGAAGAUACAGCAGGGGAAAUAUUACCAUCCGCUUCUACCAAUAAUGAUCUCGAAUUGGAAGCUCCAAAGUCCGAGGUAUCCCCAGUCUCACAGACACAUUAUCAAUUCACCCGCAAAGAGAUCCAGGCAGAGAUCAAGCGCUUCACAGAUCAGUGGAAGAGUCAAGUCGACCACUUGAUCCAAGUCACAAAGCAGGCACCCCUUUUGCAGGUCAAUAGAGAGGUACACAAUCGCUUGGUCACAUGGCUACGAGCUUCUAGCUCCACUAAUUUCUGGAUCCAAGGUCCGCAUGACGUACCGCAGCCAAGCCAGAAUUCGAUGACCGCGGUCUCUUUGGCCGCGCUGGCACGCAACAAUAACAUCCCGUGUAUCAUCUAUUUCUGCAGCUUCACAGAAUGCCACGAACCAGGAGAUUCCAAGGCAUUGGAUCUAGGCUCUUUCCUUGCAUCCAUCAUCACACAACUUGUCCAAUUAAUCCCAGAUUAUGGCUAUACUGAAGCCGAUCUAUCAAUUGCGCGUUUUGCGGCCCUUGCACGGGGAAUGUUGAGUGUUCCCGAGGUGCUCCAGCUAAUACUUGAUAUUCGGGUUCUUGGUCCGAGGGUGGUGUAUGGGUUCAUAGAUAAUAUUCAAGUACUGGAGGAUCAGUCUGACCAGGACUAUACCCAGGACUUUCUGAGAACUAUCGCUACUCUUUGUAGACUUGGUCGCGGGGCUCCCCGCCCAGAUUGCGCGAUUGUGCGGGAGGAUGAAGGAGUGACUCUGGGAACGAGAAUGUGUUUCACUACGGAUGGGUAUGUGGAUGGCCUGGCACAGGCUUCAGAGCGACAAUUGCUUGAUAAGGUUGAGUUUGACUUGGAGACAAACGAUCCUCUACCAGGGGAGAUUGGUGGUGGGCCUGAAUGGGAUAGGGAGGAAAAGGAUGAUUGA